GGCUGGUUAGGCCACCUGCUCAUCCUAGAGUGACUGUCUCAGGAGGAAUGAGCCCUGGAGGGAGUUCUUGGCUGGCCUUCAGAACAGCUCUGCAGGUGGGGACAGGCCCUUUUGCAGGUGACAGCAAAGUAGUGUUGACCUUGUUGAGAACAGCAGCUCAGUUCCCUAGGAAGAGAAGCACAUGCCACGGUGUCACUUGCUGUCUCACUCUGAAUUUGUGAAAGCAGCUUGUCCGGGGACACCCUUGAAGUCUGGCCCUUCUCCUUUUCAGUGCCGCCAGCCCCUCCCCCCCCCAAAAAAGAAAAAAACAGCAGUGGUUUCUCUUAUUUCUCUUGGAGCUUAUGGGACUUGAGUAACCGGGACUAGUUGUUACAAAGAAGACAAGGCUGCGGGAGACUCAUACCGGAACUGAUUCCCAGCCUGUUACCCAUUUGCGCCCAGAAACCUAUUGUUAUUCUGCUCCAUUUCAAACCUGGACAGUUGAGCUGGAGUGUGAAGCCACCUGAAUCCCUUGAGGAAGGAGAGGUGGCUGGUGGGCUAGUGAGCUGGGAAGAGCAGCAAAGGGUGAUGCUUCUCAGCAGGUCCCCCUCGGGGCCCAAGAAGUACUUUCCCAUCCCCGUGGGGCACCUGGAGGAGGAGAUCCGGGUCCGGUCGGCGGAUGACUGCAAGAGGUUUCGGGAGGAGUUCAAUUCACUGCCGUCCGGACACGUACCAGGAACUUUUGAGCUGGCCAAUAAGGAAGAAAACAGAGAGAAGAACAGAUACCCCAACAUCCUUCCCAAUGACCAUUCCAGGGUAAUUUUAAGCCAGGUGGACGGAACCCCAUGUUCAGACUACAUCAAUGCUUCAUACAUAGAUGGUUAUAAAGAGAAGAAUAAAUUCAUAGCAGCUCAAGGCCCUAAACAGGAGACAGUGAAUGAUUUCUGGAGGAUGAUCUGGGAGCAGAAGUCUGCAACCAUCGUCAUGUUGACGAACCUGAAAGAAAGAAAAGAGGAGAAGUGCUAUCAGUACUGGCCGGACCAGGGCUGCUGGACCUACGGAAGCAUCCGGGUGUGUGUGGAGGAUUGCGUGGUCCUGGUGGAUUAUACCAUCCGGAAGUUCUGCAUUCAGUCCCAGCUCCCUGACGGCUGCAAAGCCCCUCGGCUCGUCUGCCAGCUGCACUUCACCAGCUGGCCCGACUUCGGAGUGCCUUUCACCCCCAUCGGGAUGCUCAAGUUCCUGAAGAAAGUGAGGACACUCAACCCCACGCACGCCGGGCCCGUCGUGGUCCACUGCAGCGCGGGCGUGGGCCGGACGGGCACCUUCAUAGUGAUCGAUGCCAUGAUGGACAUGAUACACGCCGAGCAGAAGGUGGACGUCUUUGAUUUCGUGUCCAGAAUCCGCAAUCAGCGGCCUCAGAUGGUUCAGACGGACAUGCAGUACACGUUCAUCUACCAAGCCUUACUGGAGUACUACCUCUACGGGGACACCGAGCUGGAUGUGUCCUCCCUGGAGAAGCACCUGCAGACGCUGCACGGCGCCACCACCCACUUCGACCAGGCCGGGCUGGAGGAGGAGUUCCGGAAGCUGACAAAUGUCCGGAUCAUGAAGGAGAACAUGAGGACAGGCAACCUGCCGGCCAACAUGAAGAAGGCCAGGGUCAUCCAGAUCAUCCCGUAUGACUUCAACCGCGUCAUCCUUUCCAUGAAAAGGGGCCAGGAGUACACGGAUUACAUCAACGCGUCCUUUAUAGACGGCUACCGGCAGAAGGACUACUUCAUCGCCACCCAGGGGCCCCUGGCGCACACAGUGGAGGACUUCUGGAGGAUGGUCUGGGAGCGGGAGUGCCAUACGAUCGUGAUGCUGACCGAGGUCCAGGAGAGAGAGCAGGAUAAAUGCUGCCAGUAUUGGCCAACAGAGGGCUCAGUGACUCAUGGAGAAAUAACGAUCGAAAUAAAGAGCGAUACCCUUUCUGAAGCCAUCAGUAUACGAGACUUCCUGGUCACUUUCAAUCAGCCCCUGGCCCGCCAGGAGGAGCAGACCCGGGUCGUGCGACAGUUCCACUUCCAUGGCUGGCCGGAGAUCGGGAUCCCCGCCGAGGGCAAAGGCAUGAUCGACCUCAUUGCGGCCGUGCAGAAGCAGCAGCAGCAGACGGGCGAUCACCCCAUCACCGUGCACUGCAGUGCUGGAGCUGGGCGCACAGGGACUUUCAUAGCACUCAGCAACAUUCUGGAACGGGUCAAAGCUGAGGGACUUUUAGACGUAUUCCAAGCUGUGAAGAGCUUACGACUUCAGAGGCCACAUAUGGUGCAAACCCUGGAACAGUAUGAAUUCUGCUACAAAGUGGUACAAGAUUUUAUUGAUAUAUUUUCUGAUUAUGCUAAUUUCAAAUGAAAAUUCCUGCCUUAAAAUAUUUUUUAAUUUAAUGGUCAGUAUAUUUUGUAAAAAUCAUGUUAAUUUAUUUCAUAGUUGACAUUAAUAUCCUCCUAAUUUCUUUGUAUAUAUUUUGUUAUGCUUAAAGGCCACCUGCUGUAAAGUUAUUAAAUCUUAAAUACCCCUUUUAAAAACUGGAAUAAUGUAUUAAGGUUAAAUAAUAUUCCAUAAAAUAUAUAUUUCUGCUAAUAUCA